UCUUCAGUAUUAUGGCGUUUGUGGUCAAAUUUUCGUGUGCGGUAGUUACUAGGUUGCUUUUUAUUCUUAUCUCACUCAUCGGAGUUUGGAGAGUGACAUUGGUUAAAGAUGACAAUAUCUACUGGUUUCUGACAUUCCUCUUUCUACCUCUCGUUGUCGAAAUGAUAAUAACUUUGAAAAGAAGAAAGGGAAAAGAUUAUAAAUGGUUCUCGCCAGCCAUUAUGUUGUUCCUUGUCAGUAUCAUUCCAUCCAUCUGGAUUCUGGAACUACAUCAUCAGCAUCACAACUCUAGUGACCUCCAGUGCAAGAAACUGGACUCAUGGGAAAAUGUGAGAAGCAUGAUUUCUCUGAACGAAACGGUUGGGAAUUUAACGGUUCAAACCUAUCUAAAGGGUCUUGACCAACUCUUGUCCACGGUUUGUCCCAACGACUGGAUCCUGGCCCUCCAUCAGGUCCUUCUAAUCCUACUCAUCAUAGGGAAGUGGCUACUCCCACUGGGGGGCGGGGUCACACGGGAGGAGCUCUCCCAGCUCCUGCUCAUCUUCGUUGGCACAGCAGCUGACAUCUUGGAGUUCACCAGUGAAACACUGUCUGAUGUCAAGGAAAACAGCCCUCAGCUGGUGUACAUCAUCUUGGCGGUGUGGACCUGGAGCAUGUUACAGUUUCCUCUCCAUCUGGCCGUGGUGAACUCAAAGCCAGAAAGCGAGGGUGAGGGCCAAGGCGAUUCCCUCCUGACCAAGCACAGCACAGACAUAUGGAGCAUCAUUGAGAGCCUAUUCAUCCAGGAUGGCCCUUUCCUUGUGGUCCGGCUCACCGUCAUGACCUACUUUGAUGUCUUCCACCAGAUGUUGGUGUUCUUUGCCAUUAAAAACUUCCUGGUGGUCAUCCUAAACUUCUACCGGCUGGCCGUCAUAUGCCAGAACUACAGACCUGUAGUCAGGUCCAGAAGCAGCACUAACAUCCCUGAUUGUAGUAGGGUAGAGGUGGAGAGGAAGUAUGGGGAGGGGAGGUUGGAGAGAGACAAGGUUCCUGCCUCUGCUUUGGAGGAAGUUAAUACAGACUGUGAAAGUACCAUUACGUAGUGCACCGUUUAUACAAUGCACAAGUUCAAUAUUGGACAGGAUUUGUGAGUUCAAAAGCUGGAAUUAAUUAUGUGACUUGACAUUUCCAUGGGUAAAGAGAAGGAGAGACAGAAACCGUUUAAAAGUCACAAGCAUAUAUUCAAUUUCAGCUCAGCUGAUUUUCUACAGUAUUUUAACUUUUUUGUAAUGUUUUUACCCCUUUGACAAAAAUGACAUGGCUUAGAAGUUUACCCCAAAGGUAUAUGAAAUAGAAGAAAUGUCACGUUCCUGACCUUAUUUUCCUUUGUUUUACUUUGUUUAGU